AUGCCGCCGACGCCUGGCCCCGACGCGGCGUCGACGCCUUCGCCGCCUCCUCACCCGCGGCGGCACCCGUGGAAGCUGCCGCCGUGGCUCGACCACUUCAACGCCCGCGACCUCAAGAUGCUGCUGCGUUGCUGGACCGCCGCCUGGGUCGCCAUGAUGCUCGUCUUCGUCGGCCCGGCCUUCGAUGCCCUCGGCGUCGCCACCUUCUUCGCCUCGCUGCUCCUCUUCAUCGUCCCGCCCGCGACGAUCCUCUUCGUCUACCUCCUCGCCGCCUUCUCCCUCAUGCUCGGCAUGUGUCUCGCCUGGGCCUGGGGCCUGCUGGCCAUGAAGGCCGCCCUCGCCGCCCGGCCCGAUGCCGAGACGGCCGCCGCCUUCCACGCCCUCCAGCAGCAGGCCGUCCUGCGGGCCAACCAGACGGGUCAGGCCGUCGCCUGGGAGGCCGUCCUCCUCACCGACGACGGCUUCAUGCUCGACGCCCGCGUCACCGCCGUCUACUUCGUCAUGUGCUGCCUCUUCAUCUACGCCCUCGCCCGGCUGCGCUGCGCCAACGCCAAGCUCGUCCUGCUGCAGCUCUUCGGCACCAUCGCCAUCGACCUCUUCCUCCUCUACGGCCCCGUCCUGCCCACCUUCACCCCGAGGCUGCCCGUCGUGCUCGUCAAGCCGGCGGCCGUCGGCGUCGGCCUCGGCAUCGCCUGCUGCGUCCUCUUCUUCCCGCAGUCGUCCUCGUACGUCGUCCUCGGCCAGAUGGAGCAGCUCCUCCGCCUCGGCGACGCCGCUCUCGACCUCACCCGUGCCGGCCUCGACAAGGAGCCGCUCCGCCUCGCCGAUCUGAAGGCCGCCAAGAGUCGCAUGAUCGGCGUCUCCAAGGCCAUUGAGCCCAUACUCGCCUUCCUGCCCCUCGACUUCUCGCGCGGUCGGUGGAACGCCGACGACGUCAAGUCUCUGCAGCCGCCCAUCCGAGAGGCCAUGCUCGCGAGCUUGUCGCUGCUCGACCUGCAAGCCGCGAGCGUCAAGGCGGCCGAAAAGGGGGAGAAGCUGGCGCUGUGGGAGGCGCCUCGAGAUGCAGGUGCCGAAGUCGACAUCCGCGCCGCCGGCCAACGUCAGUUGGUCGAAACGUCGGACCUCUGGAACGCCCUCAAGAGUCCCGAGCACGGCGCGAUGCGCGAUCGUGCCCUCGAGGCCCUCAGGGACACUACCGGCGACAUCCUCCAAGCCUGCUCGCGGUCCAACGAGCUCGCCGCGAGGUGCAUCAACACCGUCAAUACGCGCCGCUGGAUCCGUCGCCCGUCGCAGCGCGAGUUUGACGAGCUCGCCGACGAGCUCGAGGACCUGCUGGCCACCCUACGCGCCGCGCGGGUGACGUGCGUCGCCGACGCCACCGAGGCCGUCCUCGACAGUCACGCCGACCUCUUCGACGACGACGGCCAGCUGAAGCACCCCGAAAAGCUGGACGGGCCACUCUCGCUGCACGGCAUCGUCAUCUCCAUGGUCGUCGAGGAGCGCAUCCUGGGUGCCGCCCUCGCCGCCGAGAGGCUCCUGGAGCAGAUACUGCGCCUCGUCCGGGCGCGCACGACGCAUCGCCUCUGGCUCCCUUCCCGGCUGCAGUACGCCGUCUCUUGGCUGUUCGACGGGCAUCUCACCGUGCCCAUCUCGUCGACGGAUGACGUCAAGGACCCCGACGCCCUCGCGGACGACGAGUCGCUCGAGGAGCAGGCCGAGGAGCUCCAUCGCCGUCUGCGCCUCAGCCGGGGCCGCGUGCGUCCUCCCCGGCACGCGAGUUGGCUCAGCCGCGCCUUGGUCGGCACCUUUCGCUGGCUCUUCAACCCGGCCGGCCUGUACGCCCUCCGCAUGGUGGUGGUGACGGUCGUCACCGCCAUCCCCGCCGUCAUCCCCCACUCGGCCGGCUUCUUCUACCGCGAAAAGGGCAUCUGGGGCGUCAUCACGGCCCAGACCUGCCUGCUCGUCUACAUGGCCGACUUCACCUUUUCCCUUGUCUCGCGCGGCCUCGGCACCGUCCUCGGCGGCGUCAUGGGCAUGGUCGCCUGGUACGUCGGAUCCGGCUCCGGCAUCGGGAACCCGUACGGCAUGGGCGCCAGCACCGCCGUCGUGACUGUCAUCCUCAUGUGGUGGCGCAUCUUCCUGCCGCCGGCCUACAUGCAGGCGAGCGCCAUGACGGGCGCGACCUUUGCCCUCGUCGUCGGCUUCAGCUGGGACCAGAACCACAUCCGGCAGGACGGGCUGCCCGGCCUCGGCUACGAGGCCUUCUGGAAGCGCGUCGUGACCGUCCUGCUGGGCUUCGUCGCCGCCGCCGUCGUCCAGCUGUUCCCGAAGCCCCCCUCGGCGACGAAGCACGUCCGCCGGACGCUGGCGAGAACGGUGCGGACGCUGUCGGACCACUACGCCCUGCUGCUGUCGCACUGGGGCCACGCCGACCGGGCGAGCCCCCUGGGCGCCGCGGCCGAGCAGCUCUCGCUUCAGGUGGCGGAGACGCUGCUCUCGCUCGAUGAGACCAUCGCGCUGCUCCGCUUCGAGCUCAGCUUCGGACCCUUUGACCAAAAGGUGCUGCGGGAGACGCAGGAGCAGUGCCAGCACAUGAACCAAUCCCUCGGCCGCCUGCUCGACCUCGCGACGUCGCUGCCCAGGGACCUGCAGGACCGGCUCGUCGAGAGGGUGGGCAUCCUCGACGACGGCGUCAUCGGCGACGUCAUGGCCGUGCUCGGCCUCAUCGAGCAGGCGCUGAGGACGGCAUCGCCUCUGCCGGAGCGGCUGCCGACGCCGCUCGUGCGUCGGUUCUACGACUCGUGGCACCAGCAGCAUCGCGGCGCCAUGCUGAGCCGGUCGCUGGUGCGGGACGAGAACUAUCGCCGGUACUGCGUCGCCGCCUCGGCCUAUCUCAAGUUUCUGUCGACGAUUGACGACCUCGUGCUGCAGCUCAAGGCGGUGCUGGGUGAGUGCCACGUCAUCCAUCAAUGGGACAGGGAAGAAGCAUGA